AUGGAUCGCGUGCCGAGCGCGGACGAUCUCAUGUCCGCGCUCAUGUGGCGAACCGCCCAUCACGCGCACCAAAACGGCCCGAACGGCGGACAAGGGAAUGCGCUGACCCCUGGGGUGGCGCGAACGCCGUCGCAAAACGAGAUGGAAAGUUACUACGCGGCGAUGAUGGCGAACGCGGCGGCGGGAGGGAGCGGCGGGGCGAUGAGUGAGCAAUUUUUUGCUGGUUUGGGAGGCGCGUCGGGAAGCGCGCCAAACUCCAGAGAGGGAACGCCGGGGAUUCCGAGAGUAGCGUCCAUCGAUGUGUUGAGGAAGAUGAUCAUAGGCGGAGGAUACGGCGGUGGCGCGGUCCCGGGCCAAGGGAACGCGUCGCCGGGGUCGAUGACGCCGACGACGGCGCCUGCGAUCUCGGGGUUCGCGAGCGGGGCGAAUUUGAGCGCGCUUGGACAGCUCGGUGCCGCGGCGGCUGAGGCGGCUGCGCAGGGCGGCGAAACCACGACGACGGGCCGUGGUGCGAAACGCGGUGCGAAGAAAGCCGCGGCCAAGGCGCCGCCGGCGAAGAAGGCCAAGGCGGCGGUGGCCAAGAGCGUUGCCAAGGGUAAGAAUGGGGUGAGCGAGAAGUCUGUGACCAAGGGUUCGACCGAGCUGGACGACGACCACGACAGUGAUGGACAGUCUCACCAGGACGGCGAUGGAACGAACGAUUUACGACGUCAACGUCGUAUGCUAAGCAAUAGAGAAAGCGCUCGACGUAGUCGCCGACGUAAACUCGAGCACGUCGCCACGCUCGAGUCGAAGAUUGCGCGUCUCCAAGCCGACUGGCAAGCUACCUUGCACCACGCACGAGCUGCCGAUGCGCGCGUGUCGGAGCUCGUGCGAGAGAACGCCGCAAUUAGGGCAGAGAGAGACAGACUACUUCAAAUUCUUCGAGAACAAGGUCCGCCGGGCGGGAACGUCACCACUCCGAAGACGGGUACGGCGUUGGAGCGCAAAUCUAGCCUCCAGCGCAUCUCCAGUAACGGCGACUUGAAGGGCGAGCUCGGAAAGGGCUCUCCCACGAUCGGUUCCGGCAGUGGAUUCGUCCCGUUCAGAAGUCUCCAAAGCUAUGAGAACCUGCUAGCUUUGCAGGAGGCCAAGGAAGGGAAAAAGUGA